AUGGAAGGAAUACAAACAGAUGGCUUAGUUGAGACUGGUAUUUUUGAAAGGAUCCAGGCGCUUGUAAGGAACUCUGAAGAUGGAGACUUCAGGUUUGUUAAUCCAUGUACAUCAAAGAAGAGUGAUGCAUUAACAACCAAUACAGCUAAACAAUACACGGAUACAUCUAGUGAAGAUCCAGUUGUUGAUAUUGGAUGUAGUCGAUUGAAUCUGUGGAGAAUUUCGACUCAGAUAGUCGUUUUUGGGCAAUGCUGGAACAACAGCACUGAGAACAUUACUAAAAGAAAUAAUAAGGAUGAGCUGAUUACGUUCAUGAAUUCCAAGUACGGAGACAGAUGCAUGAUAUGGUGUUUUGAGGACAUAUUCUCAGGCUCAUAUAAUAUCCAGAAGAUGCCUUUGCUUGAUUUUGAUCUUGGAGUUGCAUAUAGAAUGUGUUGUGCAGUCAAAUGCUGGCUGGACUUCAAUUCGAAUAAUGUGGCAGCAUUCGAGCUUAAGCAUGGAGAUAAUGGCAGGUUCAAGUUUGUGAUUGGAUGUAUAAUGAAGUACUGUGGAAUAGAUGGAGAUGAUACUUGUAUGGAUGAUACCUGCUUUGAUUCUUUUCAGUCUUCUUUGAUGAAUGUAAAUACAGUUAGGAGGUACAUUAAGUAUUUUGAAUCAGCAAGCAAUAUGAAAUAUGAAGGAAAUCACAACAUUGUUUUGAAGCAGUUGAUAAUUACUACAAUUCCAGUUGCACAUUCUACUGACUUUCAGGUUGGUAUUUCAAUUAAUGGAAAAGGCAGAAUGUUGUACAUUGCUCAGGAGGCUACUUGUGAUGAAGAUGCUGCUGGCUAUGAUUAUGAUGUUUACAGAGAUGAAGAUUAUGUGGUGUUUAGUGAGAUCGGAUGCAAUGUAUCGGAAGAUAUUCAAAUAGAAAUGUGGUACUAUUCGAAUGAGAAACAGGAGAAGGUGCUGAGCCUUAGAGUCAAUCCGCUUUUCUACAGACAAGGUGUCUACAGAUUUACUCUCGAUGACAUGGAGCUUAUAUUACCAAGAAGCAGGUUCCAGGAUGAUUUUUCUGUUGAUUUAGUGCUAGUUGAGUCAGGAAGGAUGGAAAAAAAGAGCCUGUGUUUUGACAAGAUUGACCAAAUACAAGGCAUCAAGAUGCUGAAUGAUGGAUUCUGGAGGGAUUAUGACAGAAAGAUUUAUGAGCGACUUGUUUCCCAGGGAAUCAAUGAAGUUGUAUCAAAGAUCUGUGCAUAUAUGAGAUAUGAUACACACAGAUGUUCAGAAUUCACACAAGAUCUAGAGUCAAGAGGAGUAUGUACCAAUCGAAACGAUUCUUGUGUCUCUGGUCAUGUAGGAAUGAUGUUAUUUUGUAGGCAGAACAGUACUAAUGGACAUGAUGUUGAGGAUACAGAUAGAAAACAAGAUGAAAAUAACAACUGCACGGAUGACAGCAACAUCAAAUCAUCUUGUAUUAGCAGCAAUACAGAUAUUGAUGUGCGAAAAGAAUUAUAUUCAGUAGAAGUGGAAUGCAGUAAACUACGUUUAAUAGAGCAAAUCAACUGCGAAAUUCCAAUUAUAAGUACAAGAAAGGUUAUAUCAAAGAAACAGAUCAUUCGAAAAAAAACUAAUUGUGAAGAUAAAGCCAUCAGUAGCAUGGAGAUGGUAGUUAGAAAAUCACUGCACAUGGUUCCAUUAGCAAGAGUAGAUGGAACGAUAUUUAGUGAGUGCUCCAACAUUGAUAUCAUAAUGGAUCUGAAUAUGUUUGAAGAUAUGCUUUGUGAACCUGUUGAAAAUAUGAACAAUACAAUUAGCAAUCAAGCAAUAGCAACAAGCGUUAUAGACAGUAAUAGAUUAUUUUUAGCUUCAUUGGCAUUGAGACACCUUGAGCUUAAAGGAAUCACACCUGAAAACAUUUAUGUGUUCUUAGAGUCUCCAUCUAGCCCUCUAGAACUUCAAGAUUUGUUGAACAUAGAAAAGAUAUAUCCAAAUAGUACGGAGGCAUUGAGUCUGUCAUUAGCACCUCCAGAGAUGCUCAAUGAAGUUGAAGAGUCAAUGCUCAGGUACUCGCGCUAUGUAGAUGCGCUCAAGUUAUUGGAUAUCUUGAUAUUUGAGAGAAAGCUUUUCAAUGAGAUAUUCCUGAUGGAGGAUGCCUUGAUUGAGCUUCUGAUGCUGUACAACCGUAUUAUUGAUAGCCAUGGACUAAAAAUUCUCAUGAAAGCUGUUCUUGAAAUAUGCAAUGCCAUAAACUUCAAGUACUCAAUGACCCGAAAGAAAAUACCUGGAUUUCGUAUUUCUAGCCUGUGUGUAUUCAGUGGAUACAAAGGAAAAAACAAUAUGUCGCUGUUUCCUUUUCUAUUCCAUGUGAUGGAAGCGAAUGGAGUUGGGAUUGGCGAUCUACUUGAUGAGUUUGCAACCAUACAUGAACUUAAAGCUGAAGAAUUGCCUAGAAUCCGUGAGAAAAUCAAUUUGUUUAUUGAGAUGUACACAAAUAAUCUCUGUGCGCUGAAUGUUAUUGAUUCAAAGCAUCAGAAGGCAUAUUCUGGAUUUUUCUUAUUUGCAUGUAAUAAGUUAGAAUGUGUAGUGAAUAUGUAUAAAGAAUGUAACCUGAAAUCAGGCAUAAUCAAACACAAAUUUGGAGACCAUGACGAUGGCAAAUGCACAAGUACCGUUCUAGUUGCUCUAUCUGAGUUUCUGCAUAAUAUGAAGAUGCAUUUUGAAAUUUACAGUAAAAGUAAGAAUGUUUGA